CCCUUAGGUCCCAAAACAGGUUGCAUGACACACACUCUGGUAGGGCGUUUUCGUCUAGUUCCACACCUCACCUACUGACACUCUUUGCGCCAAGACGCACAGGACACUAGGCUAUAUAAUCGAACGGACUGCACCGCUGCACAGAGUUUUGCCCACAGCUCGUCCUUCUCUCUAACCCGCUCCACAAUCCGAUCUUGAGUCAUGUUUCGCUGUGGGAUCGCCUACACCCGAUGCAGGUGGAUCGUGCCCCUGUUGCUGCUUUUCGCUAUUAUUUUUGACAUAAUCGCCAUCGCCGCUACCUCGGGAUGGGUCGAGGAUGAGGACGCCAAGUCUCACUAUGCCAAUAUGUGGAAACAGUGCCGAGGCAGGAAUGACAACUGGGACUGCAAGUCGCUCAUGGAGUUCCCUUGGGCCCAGGCAGUUGCUGCUCUGAUGAUCAUUGGCCUCAUCAUCCUCAUCAUUGCCUUCAUCAUCUCCUGUGUGGGUUUGUGGUGCGCUUUUAAGAACGCUCUUCUGCCCCCGAUAGGAGCACUGUUGAUCAUUGUUGUGGUUCUCCAGGUCAUCGCUCUGGUCAUCUACCCCUGCAAAUUUAAUGAGUUGAUCUUUGAGGGCCACUAUUACUACACCUGGGCCUACGGCUUCGGCUGGGGCGCCACCGUCCUCUGCAUCGGGUGUUCCGUGCUCUUCUGCUGCCUGCCACGCUACGAGGAUGAGGUGACGGGCAUGGCCAAGACCAAAUACAUCUAUUCCUCUGCUUAAAGACUAAACCUGAACAACCACCCAAUUACAGACAUUUUCACUUUCCACUCUGAGCUGAAUCUGUGCUGGCCAUGGAACAUUUUUAGACAGUUUUACACCAUCUCACCAAAGAUUCACAAUAUCUCAGUUCAGUUAGAUUUAGUUCAGCAGUGGGAAACCCAUCCUCCAGCAUCCAAGAGCAAAGUCAGGAGCAAGGGGUGAUUCUUACUGGAAGUGGACUGUGAUUGGAUGCUCCAUCUGCUUUAACAGAUAGACUUCUGUUUUAGAUUAAGUCAGCGUCAUACAAAAUAGUUUUUAGCAUGCUGUUUUUUCAUAAUCUGCAUUUGAAUGAGAUGUAUUCCUCUUUUUAUCUGUACUUUUUACCUGAUAUUUUCAAUAUAAGAUCACCAAAGUGUACUUAUCCUAAGGGAUGUAAUUAUGUGUAAAGCGUAGAUUUCCCAUAAACCUUGGUAAAAGAGCAAUUUAGACAAAAAAUUGCACAGGAUGCAAAAGGAAUCAUUAAUCAUCAUUUGCUUUUUUCCCAUGUGUUAAUUAUAAUUAUCUCAUUUCUUUAUUGUGUGUCUUUUAUUCUGUAUGCAGUAUGAAAGAAGCAAAGGCUUGGAGUCAGAAGCUGAAUGUAAUGUAUACAUAUGGAAUAUUAGUUUAAAAGGUUGUAUUAGUAUCUUUUCUUUGCAUUUUUUUAAGAAUUCUUAUCUGCUGUUUCAUGUCCAGAGUUUUUUUUAAUUUUCAGUUACUUAUUACUAAAGGGGUAUAACUGCUGGAGUUUGCUGUGCUGUCAUUGUAUCUGUUCUGAACACUAAUAAUAAUACACCCGAUGAGUGGACACAGUGUGUGAUGGUGGAUUCAGUCAUAUUUUCUUUGUCCCCCUAAACUGAAAGAAAAUUUAUAUUAAUUUCCAUUGAGCUUGAUCAUUAAUCUGUCUCGUGCAAAUUUAGAAAAAGUGUAAAAGAGUUUUUAAUGUCUUGUUGCCUCAAAGUAGGUAGUACAUUCAGAGAGAAGCCUAUUUCCUAAAGGUCUUUAUAAGUCUUGAUAAUGCUCCUUUGGCUAAUCAUCUGCCGGUAUGAUGAGACAGUGGGACCAAGGCGUACAAUCUUCUGAAAUACUUUUUGUAAAACUUGUGCCUUAGCUUCUUCAGUGUUGUUUUGUUAAAUUUUGAAUCAAACUGGUCAGUCUGGUUUUACUUACUUGCGCUUGAUCCCAGUCAACAGCAGCAUUUCUGUUCAUGCCAAGACCAAAUGCAUGCCCAAAUGAGACCAAGCUACAUUGUUAUUUUUUAUUAAAGAGUUCUGAGGAAAUAUCAUUUGACUGUUGAAUGAAAAAAGACAAGUGAUAAAUGAUCUUAGAGAAGUAGUGAAAGUCCACAAAACCCAUGUCAUCUUCAGAGUCUUUCAAGUUUUUUAUCACAGAAAACCGCUGCAUAAAUAACUUUAUGAAUUGGUGGAAGUUUUAAAUGAGAAUCUGGAGAGAUUCAUGCAGAUUUAUACUUGUUUGUAUGUCUCAAAGGUGAGGUGAAAUAUGAGCAUGAAUUUGUCAACACCAGGUUUUUCAGAUAUUAGUAGUCACUGUAUGGUUAUAUUAUGUACUACAGAGAAUGUUCUAAUAACAUCCAUCGCCUUGUGGACAUCACCCAGCUGUUCUGCUGUAGUAUGAAUUGAUUAUUUUGGUAGUCUGUAUUUUAAUGCAAUAAAAAUCUUCUUUUUUAAGCUUGA